AUGGAGAGGGAAGUAAAAAAUUUUACACUGGUUCCAAAUCGAGAACAGAAAAAUAACGAGAAGAAGACACCAAGGAUGGUAUUUACAGAGACGCACCAGGAGUUAGUUAAAGAAGGAGAGCAAUGGAUGAAAGACACAUCAAAUUCAUGCACAAUUGUAGCGGCAUUAAUUGUUACAGUUGUGUUCGCGGCUGCCAUUACUGUACCAGGUGGAAACAAUGGUGCUGGCCUUCCAAUUUUCUCCCAAGAAAAAACCUUCACAGUGUUUGCCAUAUCGGAUGCGCUUGCCCUUUUCUCAUCAAGUUCCUCUGUGUUAAUGUUCUUAUCCAUCCUCACUUCCCGUUAUGCAGAAGAUGACUUUCUCUAUGCGCUACCCAAGAGAUUGAUUAUAGGUCUUGUGACCCUAUUUCUUGCCAUAAUAUUUAUGAUGGUAGCCUUUGGAGCAACACUUUAUAUUGUUUUUGGAGAUAAAAAAGCAUGGGUUCUUCAUCUCGUGGCUGUGUUGGCAAGUCUACCUGUGCUCUUGUUUGCAUCCUUGCAAUUUCCCCUCCUUGUAAAGAUGAUUAAAUCCACAUAUUGCCCUGGCAUUUUUGGUAAGAAAAGUGAUCGUAUCAUUUUCUAGGCUAUGCACUUUCAUUGGUGCAAAAUUAAGUACCUCAAAUAUGUAUCGUUCAUUAUCCAUGAGUGAUGAAUGAUUUAGCUUUUUUCUUUUGGAGAGUAAAUCUGUGUAUCACUUAUAUAAUGCAAACAAGGUUUGAAAAUGCAUGGUCAGCUAAUUUUGUUGUUUUAACUGUUCAAGUGGAAAUUAGUUGGUAUUCUUAUGUUUUAAGUGCUCGUUUAUUAUUAUU